GCAGGUGCGCGGGCUGAUUGGGGCUACGUGCAGGGGUGGCGCGGAGCCGGAGCAGCAGCGGUGAAGCUCCUGGGCUUGGCCGAGACCGCCGUGCCCAUUGCUCGCCUAGGUUGCCGCCGCUUUAGCCGCAGCCGCUGCUGCCGCCGCCGGGGGAGCGGCCGCCUAUUGUCUUUCUCCGCGGCGAAGGUAAGGAGCUGUCUCGGCUUGGCCCGCGGGGGAGCCCCGGGAGCCGCACGGUGAGAGCGCAACUUAGUUGGCGGAGUUGGGUGUCCUGGGUCAUGAAACUUAAUCCACAACAAGCUCCCUUAUAUGCUGGAGUGCAGUGGCAUGACCAUGACUCAUUGUAGCUGCAAUCAGGCUCAAAUGAUCUUCCCACCUCAGCCUCCUGAGUGGUUGGAACCACAGCCCUGGCAGAUUCUUUCUGUAUUUCCGAAUGGGAAAAAAGAAGAAGUGACUUCAAAAGAAGACGAAGAAGAAGAGAUGGAUGAAGAUAUAGAAGACUUAGAUCACUAUGAGAUGAAAGAAGAGCCUAUUAAUGGGAAAAAGUUGGAGGAUGAAGGAACUGAAAAAGAAAAUUGGGCAAUGUUAGAGAAAAUUAGGAAGACUGGAAGGCAAGGCCAUUUAAAUGUUGUCUGGGUCAGUGCAAGCUUGCAAGCUUCAGAUAGACUUAUAGGAGAGCUCAGGGACAUAUACAGAUCACAGAGUUUUAAGACAGGUAAGGAUCUCUAAAUCGCUACUCUUCUUAUUGUUCUUUUGUUCUUUUCUGUUGUCAGAUUAUAAAUGUCAUUUCUUAAAGCUGGACAGAAAUGGAGAUGUUUACUAGCUUUAUUUUGUGAAACUCAAAUGCAAUCAAGUUCCAAAAGGUGUAGGGGGUAACAUAGGAUGAGUUUGCUUGUUUUUGGAUUUAAAGAAAUUGUUUUUAUAGGUCCACUGGAAUUUUUUUGGUCAUCCUCCUGAUAGAGUGAACAUUUACCUGAUUUUUAUCUUCUGGCAAAAAGCUUGAGCAAUAUUGCUUGAUAAGUAAAUAAGAGUAAUACAUUUCAUUAUACAGAGAAUGAUUGCCAAGUUGAUUUUUGUGAUUUUUUCCCCCAGUUUUGAAAGCAACAUAAUCAACUCUUAUUGUGGAGGUAGUUAAUGUUAUUACUUUUAAAAUAUAUAGGUGGAGUACACCUGUAGUCCCAGCUAUUAGAGGUGGUGCGAGGCUGAGGCAGGAAGAUCUUUUGAGCUUGGGGAAGUCAAGGCUGCAAUGAGCUGUGAUUUCACCAUUAAUAUUCCAGCCUGGGUGACAGAGUGAGACACCCUGUAUCAUAAAACAAAACAAAAGGGAGAGUGGGGGUGGGAUACAUAUUGUAUAUGUAUAUAUAGGACAGUUGUAGAAAAAUACCGAUUUUUUAGUGAUUUAACUUUUGACAGUUCCGUCCAUGGCAAAUUUUUCUCCUUGAACACCUUGGUUAGUAAUACAAGUUUAGGAAAGCAUAUGAAACUGUGUUUGAAUUCCUGAGAAAAUUAUAUACAUGUGACUGUUUUCCUUUAGAAUGACUCCAAACUCUGAACCCCCUUAUUAGAUUAGAUUCAGGCUAUUAUGAUCUCUUUGGGACAUUUAUUCUAAAGGAGCUGGAAGCUAUAGUGGCCUCUAUUUUUCCUGGGGAUAUAGAGCAGCUUAAGAUCUCCUCUUUCUGGAACUUAUCCUAGGUGCCCUAUUUUAGCUUUCA